UCGAAAAGGAUAUGCCAAAUGUGGAAGCUUCCGAGUGCCAUACCAAACAUUACUGCCCGUUUACUACAUUUGGGAUGAAAUCAUUACACUUCUAAUUCUAUUCAAUGAGUUUAUGGACCCGUGUGGUUUUACGAUUACAGAAGGGAUUCAGUCGUUUUCGUGUCAAAUCAAUUGCCAUUUGGAGAGGAAUCUUGCGGACAAAGAUCUAUAUUCCAAUGUGGAAAUUGUAGGAAUUCACCAACGAAAAAGUCAAGCACGUGGUAAAGAAAAAUACAUUCUUGUUUUACCGAGAAAAACCGCUUGUAGCUCGUGUGGAAGAAAGUCCUGUUAUAGUGUCAACCAUCUUGAAGAUAUUCUUGAAUCUUGGAGUGAUUUUGAUGGGGCUACUUGUGCUGGCCAUUCUGUAAACUCUAUAAACAACACCAUUGAAUCAUGUGGGUUUUUGACCAAACACUGGAGUAUGGUUAUAAACGAAGGGGGUCAAAUACAAACAAGGCAAAUGGCUACACAAAAUAUAUCGUUCUUUAAAUGCAAUAUUGUGGAAGCACCAUUCCUGAUUCGACGAAAUGUGUUUGAUAAACUUGGGUUUAGACCAUCCCAUGGGGAAGCUACAUUAGUUGACUUCUUUCUCAGAUCUAAAGGCACCCUCAAAUUUGCUACUUCAUUGAAUUGUACUUUUAUUGAUGAGCAAUUAGUUGCUGAUAGAGGAGCCAUGGAAACAAAAGAGAUUUAUCUGGACUAUGGACUUUUGGGAUACCAUCACAACAUACUAAGGGUUAUUCGCAAGGACUCUAUUACUUGGACCAUGUGUACAAGAAGGGAAUAUUAUUGCCCAAAUAAGCCACAGAAAGAAAUUGAUAAUCCCAUUUCAAGGCAACUUUCACUAUUCUGUUGUGAUGUUGCUCUAAAUCAAUACUUAAUUGAUGCAGUUAAUGGGCUUAAUGAAGUUGGGAUAGACUACCGUCUUUGUCGUGGCACCUUGUUAGGUGCUGUGAGAUCUAAAAACAUUAUUCCAUGGACAAGAGACGUUGAUAUUGAUCUAACUCCUACAGAUUACACAGAUUCUCUGGGUUUUUACAGGCUACAAAAAGUGAUGCAAAAGAAACGCUAUGCUACGCCUCUUAUAUAUCAACUUAGAAGAAUAAUGCCCCUUUUUCCUUUGAAAACCCAUAUCCCUAACCUGUUGAAUAAUGACCUAUUUAGCCAAAAAGUACUGGAUCAAAUGAGAGGUUUUAUACCUAUCAGUAAACCUGAAUGGAAUUCAAUAGGUUAUGUUGAUAUGUACGCUUAUGAAGGGGGUAGGACUGUGCCAACAAACAUUACUAUCAAUGGACUGAAUUACAAAACACAUAGUAAUCCUGAGCAGUAUCUUGCCAAAACUUUUGGUUCAUCUUGGAGGCAAGCCCAUCUUAGUGGUAGGUCCCAUGAACCACACAAGCCAUGGAUUUGGAGGUUAGAUACAAGUAGAGUGCAGGAAGACAUUCCUACCCUUGAGAGUUAUUGUAUCAUUUAUCAGAAUUGUAGCAUGGGUCUUCUUUCUAUAGUUUCAUUUUUAUUUAUUGCUCUUAUUUUUUUACCAAUUCUAAUGAGGAUCGUCAAGAAUAUUCUAAGCCAGCUUCCCUGAAAAAUUAUUUGAAUUAUAUUCUUAAAAUUCUGCAUAGUGAUCAACAGCAUGUUAUUAUUAGUGCGUAUAUGCAUACCAAAUGUACUUUUAUUACUGGAGACUUUCAGUCCAUUAACAAAGGCCUUCACUUCACAUGCAAUUUGCUAUCCCUCUGCCUUAUAUUAGUAGAGUAAAAAAAUAAAGGCCUUAAAUUCAGGUGGCCCAUAUCCUAUCUAGUUUUGGCUGAGGAAGGUACUAAUUUCCCUAUAUCAUAUGAUGAAUUUCACAGGGUAUUUGUUACACAAAAACAACAUUACAGGACAUUUAAAGCUUAGAUUGAUUAUUCAGACAUUAGGCCUAUACAACUGACCAUAAUUGCUGAGGGGUACCGGUACUUCUCAAUUAAGAAACACAUUUUAUCUGAAGCCUUUACUUCACCAGAGUGACCACAAUUGCCUGCCUCCUUUCCCUUCCCUGACAUAUUCCAGCUUGAUUUUGAACUUCUGUUUAUUUUUUAUAAUGACAGCCUGUCAGGGGAGUAGUUAGAAGGCGGUGUUUGAUUUAUACAUAAUUCUGUUCUGCCCAACAGAUCUUUAUUGUAAGCUAUUGGACUUAUAAAAGAAAUCCGUUGGCAGAACUGAAUAUAUGUAUAAACAGCUCUCAAUUAUCCUUCCACCACGCCACUGGAUAAUGACAAGUAAAAUAAGUAGUGAGUGGUUUGUCUAGUUGCAUCAUGCCAUGUAAGGUAGAACAGUUGGAAAACCUUAAAACCACAAUGUCAUAAGAUCAAAUCACUAUUUCACUGUUUACAUAAGUCAUAACGCACUUGGAAUAUACAAUUAUUCCUUCACUAAAGCGUGCAAAUUUGUAUAUCGGUCGAUUCCAAAUUCUUACCUCCCAGCGACAUUAUGGGAUGUUUCAAUAUUUAAUUGUUUCUUGGGGAGCAGGAGUCUUGAAAAUUUGUCGCUGCGAUACAGCGAACAAGCGAAGCUUUUCAUCACGUUGUUGCAAUAGCAAUAUAGCAAUAAUUUCCCGGAAAUACUGCCCUUCUGUUCGCGUAGAUUUAACUUUGAGAAAUUUUGACGAAUUCAUAGCACAGGCAGCCCAAGCAGUCACUAUAUGUUUUUUUAUUAUUGUUAUUGGUAAUAUGUUGAGUUACUUUAUAUUAGCAAAUUAUAGUAGACAUUAUAGUAAAUUUUAGUCAAAUAUAUAUUGUCAAAAAUUAUAUGUCUGUGAUACUAUGUGCCAGAAAUAGUAUAAUACGUAAUCUAGCUUUACAUUAUUCAUGUUUGAGGUACUUUAUAUCAGCAAAUUAUGGUAGACUUUAUAUAGUCUUAUAUAUAUAUUUGUCAACAAAUUGCUAAAUAUCGUAUUAAAUUAAG